AUGUCACUCGCCGCGAUGUCUGCGGCGGUCGAGGGACUGGAGGUGGACGCGGCAGCGACUCGGCAGACGCUGAUUCGCGUUCGUGGCGGCACGUCGGCUAGCUUCGCCGACGUGCUAACCCCUAACCCUAACCCUAACCACUCCUGCUCGUCGCCUGCGUGCGUCGCGGCUCGCCUCGUCGACGCCGCCUCCACGGGCGAUGUCGAAGCGCUAAGCCGCGCCAUCGCGGCUCAGCCCAGCAUCAGCAGGGAGAGGGCCCUCACAGCCGCAGCGCUCGGCGGCCACCGGAGAGCAGUGCUCUUGCUGCUCGCGUCGACCGUGCUCGCGCGGCACGGCAAGCUGAGCUGCCUCCAGGUAGCCCUCCACCACCCGCGUCUCUCCUGCCGCGUGCGCGUGGCGAUGGUCCGGCUGCUGCUGCAGCGGCGGCGGCCGCGAGGCGAGGCGCCGCCGCUGAGCGGGGCCGCCGCCGCGGCGGAGGCGCGCCGACAGGAGAGGGUGCGCCAGGUGAUGCUCGCCUCGGCCUGCACGCCAGCUGGCCCAUCGCUGCUCGCCACGCUCGCCUCGGAAGGCCACCUGCCCCGAGGCGCCGGCGGAGGCAGCCUUGCCGACGCGCUGGCCCUGAGCCGGAGAGCGCUCUUCGCGCUCCGCGGCGGCGGAGGCAAGGACGUGCGCGGCUGCUACGACGAGUACGCCAGCCAUCGCGACGCAAACUACGUGCUGCUCGCCGCAGCGCCGUGGACGCCAUCCUCACACGCCGCCUACCCUCCUCGCUUCCGCGCGGCCGUGCGCACGCUGCUGCUCUGUGCUGCGCGCGAAGGGGCGUCGCCGGCGGUGCUGCCGACCGAGGCGCUGCUCCUUGUCGUCGAGCAGCUGGCCUGGCGAUGGUUCUGGGACGUCGAUUUGCUGCUCGAACGUGCCGACUCACACGAGCUUGGCGUCGACGUAGCGGCGGCCAGCGCGACCUCCUCCGCGCUGACGCCGUCACGGUGA